AUGCGUUUUGCUCGAUCGCCCAAUACUACCCUUGAGCCUUUAGCGAUCGCCUCAAACAACAAGUCUGAGCAUGAACUCGAUCACGCGACAAUUCGUCGAACUUCCAUACCUAGCGUGCUGGAUGGUGUCUCCAAUGCCGCUGCGGUUAUGAGCCGUCGUGCGAGUAGCGCAACAAAUCUCUCAGACUCGGGUCUCCCUCCCAGUAUGCCAUCCUUGAAUGUUUUUCCUUCAUCCGGCCCAGAGUUCGCUUCCAAUGCCAUGCUUCUGUGUCCUAGCGACGGCGGGCCUGGCACCAAUGCACCAACCGCGUCGACAGACUCACGUGCAUCUAGCAUGUCAGAUCUUCGUGCAACUUUGGGCACCAAAAGCAACGGCGCUCCUGGAGCGCCGGUACCACGACCCCUGUCAGCGACCGAGUCGCACUUUCCUCUAUCAUCGCCCUUUCUCUCCCACUUUGGGCGUCGUAGUGUAUCACCAACUCGCUCUGUCUCGCCCUACAAGCAGAUACAGCGUCGCGAUGACUUGGAUGCGACGCGGCCCAUGCUCCAUGGCGCGGCUGCUGGUGCUCAUGCAGCUGGCGAUCAGCGCACUCAAUUGUAUGUGCGGAACUUGCCUCCUCAGGUCCGUUGGCAGGACUUGAAGGAUCUGUUCCGUCGCGCAGGCACUGUGCUCCGCGCCGAUGUGCACAACAUGCUUCACGAUCCUCGCUACGUCGACUCGGGCACCGUUCUGUUUGCCACCGAAGCGGAUGCACACUAUGCGAUCCAGAUCCUCCACGGCUACAACUGGCAUGGCCAUGUGCUUGAUGUCACGCUCGAUGACCAAACCACGUCGUCGAAAACCGCGUCUCUUCUGCAUGAUAGGAAUCUCCGUCGUUCCCUCAUACCGAUGGCAAUAAACGCCGCGUCAUCGGCUGGUUCGGCAAGUGCCGCUGCGACCGGUCCGGCGGUGUCAUCUUCAGCCGCAGCGCCUUUGUCGGCUACGUCCCAACCCUCUGCGGCGUCAUCAUCAUCCACGCUGAUGCCGCCGACGACUAUGGCGUCCUCUUCGUUCUCGUCUUUGCGUCACGUGCCAUCUUCGCAUGCAGCAGCAAGUGAUCCGUGGUCCCGUUAUUCGUCUCCAGCGACAGCUGCGCCUUUGCCCUAUCCUGGCCGUGUUCUCUUUGUUGGGAACUUGCCAUUCCAUUGCCAGUGGCAGGAUCUCAAAGAUCUCUUUCGCGCGGCUGGCAACAUCCAGCGUGCUGACGUUGCUCUCAAUGCCGAUGGACGAAGUCGCGGUUUUGGCACUGUCUUGUUCGCGUCGCCAGAGGAUGCCCAAACGGCCGUGCGUCUGUAUCACGGAUAUGAAUACAGCGGUCGCAUAUUGAAGGUUCACUUUGAUCGUUAG